GCCCCAUUAUUUCCCAAUGCCUACUUUGUGUCUGUAGCGCGGCGCUCCCUCCCUCCCGACAUACACGCCCAGUGCAAGCGCCGCCGGCAGCAGCGACAACGACGACGACACAGGACGGCCCUCCUGCCCGCAGAGACAAAGCCCGGAGCUCCCUCGCUGCUGGACUGAGCGAAGAACGGUUGGCUCGGCUGCCCGGCGUGGCGCGAGCGAGGGUGGAGUGAGCUGGGCGAUUUUUCAAAAGGGAUGGAAGGGAUCUCGGGCUUUCAAGACAGCUGAACGAAGCAGGCUCAGCCUACAAGUGCGUUAAAAAAGGGGUCGGCAUUGAAAGGGAGCAAAAGGGCGGCCAAAAGUGGAAACAGAGCACUGUAACUCACCUGGCAGUUCAGAGGGAUCCAUACAACCUGCCCAGUACCUACCAGCGUGAAGAUGGAUGACAGUGCAGCUGCUAGUGGGGAUCCAGCUCCACAGAUGAAUGGUGUGGCAACUACUAAUAAAGGAGCACCAACUGAUUGUCCAUAUGCAGCAAAGCAAAGACCCAGCAAGAACCCCCAGCCAGCAGCCCAGGUUCCUGGCAGGAAGCAGCCAGUAGCUGCUACAGCUCGCCCUCCUACAGUUCCUUGUAGUGCUCCCAAAAUGCUCAACAAUGGUAUGGCUCGGAGGCCCACCGUGUUGCAGCCCAAGCAGCCAGUGCCAAAGACCAGUGGUGCUACUAACUUGUCUGCUAGGGGGACAGUGAAAAAAGGCGUGGGGGACAGACCCAGUGGGUUGAAGAUGUCAGAAAAGCUGGGCCUGGAGAAGGAGAUGCAGCAAAAGCCCACAAAGGCGGCCACAAAGGUAGAGACUGCUUCAGCACCAAAGGCAGCUUCCACGAAACUCAAGAGGUCUGAACAGACAAAGUCCUCCAGAACUUGGUUGCCAGGGACUAAGAAUUCAACUUCAUCAGCCCUAAACAGAGUAUCAGCCAAUAGCACCAUAGCCAGUGACAAAGGUGUAGGAAAACCAAUGCAGACAGUGCCACCUGCUGGCCAGGCUACAGUAGCACAGCAGCAGAAAAACACUCUGGCUAUACCUAGAGAUGCUUCCAGAGCUGCCACAAUCCCCAAGGCCAAACCUUCAAGCUCCAACCCCAAUAUGAAGAUGCCACCUGCCCCAAAGCAUCCUAGACUCCUAGGUUUCAAAUCACACUCCGAGCAAAACCUUGGGCAGAGGAAUGUGACUGCACCUAUGAAUACCAAGCUAUCAGCAAAGAAAUUUUCUGAGUCCACUAAACCCAGAACUCCUGCCAAGGUGGCUGGUGGAACUGUCCAUCCAUCCACACCACAAAGAGCAUUUGCCUCUGCUUCCAAGGUCUCUCCUGCAGGGGGCAGUCCAAGCAAGAAGGUUCCGAAGAAAGAUGCCUUUCCCAACCAGGAGCAGGCUUCCACUCAAAAGAAGACUCAGAGGGCAACUGCCAAGGAAGGGAAUGCCAAGAUGGAAGUCUGUGAAGUAGGGAGCACCUCCGUAGAGGAUACAAAGCCUCUAGAAAAAUUAGAACCUUUGGCAAAGGUAGAGACUGUCUCCCACCUACUCUGCGAAGAAGUAGUGUCUGAAACCAGCAGGGUAGAAGCAGUGGAGACUGAGCAAUUGGAGCCAAGGGGCUUGGAAGGGGAAGACUGGGAUGGAUAUCCCAACAUGCUAGUUCCACAAAUGCAGACUCCAGCAGUCGUUGAAGCCUCUCUGGUCACUCCUGGUCCACAAGUUGCGAAGGUCUCUUUAUCUUCCAGUGAGAUGCAUCCAGCAGUCCUUGAAGCCCCUCUGGUCUCCACAGGCCCACACAGUGUGAAGGCCGUCUUUCCCAAUGAAAUGCAACACCUAGCUGCCUCUGAGAUCCUGAACCUCCCUGAUGAUGCAGUAGUGGACUUGCAGGCAGCUCUCCCUUGCGAACCAUCCUCUCCCAUUCAUUUAGAGCUGUCUUCUCAGACUUCCGCAUUGGAAUCUUCACAGCCUAGUCAGGCAGGCACAGACUCUGAGUACCUGGAGGAACAAGUCUCUCCACAUCUUGAUGUUCCAGUGGCUGUUGAGCAGCCACACCUGUUCCUUGAUGCUGAAGAGUCUUGUGAAGGCCUAAGCCACCUCUCAACAUCUCCGCCAGCUGAGGACACUCAGCCGUCCACAGAGAAAGAGAUCCCCAUGACAAGCUGUGUAAAGGAACUUCCUUCCCCAGCGCCUUUGAUUCUAGAUGUUGGGUUGCUUGAAGAGGCCCAAGCUGUCAAGCUGUUGGUAAUGACAGCAGGGACACAGGAAGUGCCUACCCUCCAAGCAGAGCAAUCUCCCUCAGCCAGCCGGGCAGAUCAUCCCAUAGAAACUAUGGCAGAGCCUUGGGCGGCUGAGCACGAUAUUGAAAAGGUGCAUGAGGUACUAAGCCUGUCUUGUAGUCCAGAGGUGAAGCUGCAGAAGGCCACGGCACCACUGGAAACAGAGAACAAAUGGUUGGCAAGGAGUCCUCUAGACCUUGUAGGCGAAGAUAGUGAGGUCAUACCAGAAGCAGCUGCUUCUCUGCAUACUGAGGAGCUGCAUAUAGCUGCCAUUUAUGCUCAAGAUAAGUUGGAGGAGUCUCCACAUGUAGCAGAACAUUCAGUAAUCAAUAUGUUUGUUCAGGACCAGGCUCCCCUCUCUCUUCAGACAACUGAAACCCUGCUUCUUACAGAAUUGCCUGGAGAGCCUGGAGUAGGCCACGGUAACCAGUCUAGCUGUUUGGGUGAACAUCCCAGCAUUGGAGGCCCUGCAGAUGAUGGUAGUGAUGAUGUAAUGUUCCUGGAAGGGUGUGUAGAUAUCCUGAAGAAAGAGGAUGCUCCUGCAUGUGAAGCUCCAGAGUUUCUGCCUCAUCUUUCAGGGGAAAUCUCUUCAAGUGGUGUUGCUCAGGUGUCAGUACACAAACCGCAGACCCUGCACUUGAGGAGUCUUGACCUUUUGCAGGAGCACCCUACUCAUAUGCCAGAGUUGUCUCUAAGUAGCACACUGCUGAUGGGCCACUCCCCAGAGAGGGGAGGCUCCUCCUCUAAAUCCAGCACUUUAAGUGGACCUGAUCUGGCAGGCAAGAGUAGCAGUGAGACUAGCACACCUGAGGAACUGCUGGAGUAUGACAGCAGCUCUGGUGUAGAGUCCAAGUCAGAUGAGAAACUGGAGCAAACUUGUCACCAGCUCCUGAGUCCUCUGGAGGACCUACCUGGUGAGCUGGAUCUGGGCAUCCACAUGGAGAAGGGUGAUGAGGCAGAGACCCUGCCAGCUGAUGAAGUCCUUGGUGAUCCGCCUACUGAGCCCACUGUGUCCUCUGAGGAGGAGGCAGAGCUGGAUGCAGAUCUGAAGGACCCAGGCUUCACUAAAACAACAGUGUGCUUGUCAUCGUCGUCGCUGGGUAAGCCACCUUUGCCCCAUUCGGUGGAGGAGUCUGAUGAGCCAGGCUCUGGUGACGCUGGCACUGAGACACCAGCCUCAACCAAUUCUGCAGCUUCUUGCGAUGUCUUUGGUGCCUUUCACCUCCACUCUACUGACAGCUGUGGAAAGAGCCCUGGCCUUUCCUCCCUAGAGAGUGAAGAGCAUUCCACUGAGGGCAUCAAGGAUCAGCUCCCCAAAGAGACCAACAGCAAGACUCAGAUGGAUUGGGAGCAUCCCUUGCAAGCCACCCCAGCAACCCAGAAGACCAGGGAGCAGGAUGAAGAGUCAUCCCAGCCUUUCACUGCCACUCAUAGCUUGGCUGCAGGUGACAAUGGGGCUGGCUUGCCCUUCCCCUGGGGACCAUGUCCAUCAGAGAUCCUCUCCACUAUCUAUGAAGUAGAAAGUGGUGCUGAGACGCCUGGCCCAGAUGAAGAGGACGGGAGUCGCUGCCUGCGUGCUGCCUCCCGAGAUCAGGCUCUUCACCUAGGAAGCAUCCCGGCCACGGUUGUGCAGCAGCUAAUCAGUCGGACGCUGCUUUUCCCAGCGGAGGUGCCGUCUGGGGCUCUUGGUGGGAAGGGGGCAGUGAGCAGCGAAGCCGAGAUUGGCAAGUGGACAGAACUGAUCUCUCCUUUGGAUGAAUCACGGGCCAGCAUCACUUCUGUGACAAGCUUCUCCCCAGAGGACAUGUCAUCCCCACAUGGGGACUGGACUGUGGUGGAGGUAGAAACCUUCCACUGAAUUUUUCCUUGAAAGCUGAUCUUUCCCUUGUGGCCCCUACACAUCCUUCCUUUAGGUUUGAGCUAGUCAUUUUCUGUGGGUGCUUUGGCAUCAUUGAUCCAUUACCUGACUGGGAGGAUGUCUCCCUUCCC